AUCGGGGACCCCGAGCUGUCGAUCAACGGCAUCCCCUAUUCCACACGCGCACACUGGAUGCGCGAGUCGACGCUCGCGCUCGGCGCGCCGUGUCCGUUCGCCGCGUUCGGCACCGUCAUCGUCAACCACACGAGCAGCAGCAAGCUCGGCGACGUCAUCUGCACGGGCGCCAACGCCAACAGCAAAACGGGCAAUCCCAUUAUGCACGGCGAGAUGGCGGCCAUCACCAACUGCUCUGCGAUCCUGACCGACGCCGACGGCGCGUACAAGCUGACACCGGCGGCAGCGCUGGCGGCGUUCGCGGACCUGACGCUGUACACCAACGCCGAGAGCUGUCCCAUGUGCGCGGCGGCGAUCCGGUGGGCCGGGUUCAGGGAGUACGUCUACGGCACCAGCAUCGACACGCUGGUCGCUCAGGGCUGGGGCCAGAUCCGCAUCGCGUCGCUCGACGUCGUCGCCCAGAGCUUCGACCUCCCCCUCCCCACGCGCCUGCUGGGCAAGGUGCUCGCCAACGAGACGGACCCGUACUUCCUCUGGCAGUUCAACCCCGCGUAUCCCUGCCCCAAAGGCUGCGGGCGC